CAACUUUUAAUUGACGCAACAGUCGUUAAGCCUAAACCAACAAAAAAGUAACAAAAAAUUUGUGAAAAAUGAAAAUCUUCUCGCUUACCGGUAUGCUAACGCUUUCGGCUGUGGCCAGCGCCACCUUGGCCGCUCCCCAGCGCUUUGCACGCGAUGUCAACGAACUGAUUGAUACGCCGCUGCCCGCUGAUUCAAUGCCACCUGUCACGGAAUAUUUGCCCAUCGAAAUGCAGAUGGAUGUGGAUGCUGCGGCUGCCACCGAAGUUCCAAGCGCUUUGCGUGGCGCCCAAGGCUACGAAUACCGCACCGUGCGGCGUCUCAAGUUGCGUCAUCGCACUGUGCGCGAUGUCUCGCAUUUGCAGCCUGCCAAUCACUAUUUGCCGCCGCCGCCUGCCCAGCCAAGCAAAGCUUAUCUACCACCCGCUGUGAUACCAACGACAGCAGCGCCAGCGCCAGCGCCAGCUUCAGCGCCUGCCGAUGACACCGAAGAAGUUGUCUCCGCCGCGGAGCCAAAGGUCGCACGCGAGUACUUGCCGCCCGUGGAGCCCACUGAGGCAGCCGUCGAAGAAACCGAAGCGCCUGCAACGGAGCAGCCCGAUGUGCGCGUUGUCGAUGUGCCUGUGGCUGAUCUGCAAGCGGAUGGCUAUCACUAUAUGCAGCCAGCCGAGAUGCCUGCCGAGCUGCGUGAAGCUGCACGCGACUAUUUGCCGCCCUUGGGCGCCGAUGAUGUUAUGGUUGAGGGUCCACCCGAUGGCGAGAGCGCUGUCCUCACCAAGGAUGGUUAUCAAUAUCGCGCUGUGCGUCGUUACAGAUUUUAGAUUCUUCACAAGCUUC